GGAGGAUGAGCAGAGUUUCACAGCCACUGGUUGGGGGGCAGGUGGCUGCUUCUGGGGCAAGGUCCCUGCCAGGGCUCACAUCAGCCUCAGUCCCCUGAUCCCCGCUGUGAUCCCACCACCUCUGGACACUCUGCAGCAGAGAGACCUCAGACCAGACUGCUUCUGCUCCAGGGAGAGGAGGGAAUGCUGCUGGCCUCGCUGACAAGCCCUACUGUGUCCCCUACUCCUCGACAGUGGUCAGUGGCCUCUUGUAGAAGCCCUGGAAGAAGCAUUUCCCCACAGUCUUCCUCAAUUUGCUAAAGAAGGGCCAUGUCUGCCUUAGACCAGAGGAACCAGAGCACGGAGCACACAGAGCCUGAGAUGGACUACAUCCCCCCUCAGGUGAAACCAAGGGCUGAGAUGUUUGUCUUUAUCGAUGGGAAGUGGGUGAAUGACAUCUUCUCCCAGCCACGCUUUCCUUCCCACCAGAAACCCUUCAGCAAGAAGGCACAGAAUGAGUGGAGCAUCUGGGAGGAGAACAGAGCACUCUGGCAGGAAAACCAGGUUCUCUGGAUCAAAACCAGGAUGCUCUGGGAAGAAAACAAGGCCCUAAAAUAUCUCCAGUCACAGAACGAAUCUGUCCAGGUAAUUUACACUGAUGCUAUUCAGCAAAGCCUCAAGAACAAAAAUAAGCUGUUUCCACUCUUCCAAGAGAGGAGCAGAGGCUUUCAAUUCAGCCCAGGCAAAAAAGCUCUCCAGGCAGUCCAGGAAAAGAAUAAAAUCUUUGAGGAUUUCCAGCAGGACAAUAAAGCACUCCCUGCUACCUGGAGAGGCCAAAAAGCCCUCACUGUCCACAAAGAGAGCAAAGAUGCCGGCUCAGAUCUUCAGAAGAACACUGACACCAUCACAGCUGUGGCAAAGGGUAACCCUGGCCCAGUCCCCCAGCAGAAGCAUGAAGGUAAAAGGAAGAGCACUACCCCAACUCAGAAUGAGACUGAGUCUGCCCCAAGCAUGCCAGGAGAGCAUGAAAUCCUCCUGGUUCUCCAGGACGUACGUGAGCUCCUCCACACCUUCCUGAAAAUGAACCAUCCUCCUGGGGAGAAACAGUGCUGCCACAAUCUCUGUGAUGUGAACAGAUCCUUCCAAGAAGAUUACAAUAAACUGAAGCUGCAGCUGAAUGCUGUGAAGAACACUGUGUCAGACAUCACAGCUCAAAUGGAUAUGCUGGAGAAGGAGAUCAUUGCCAUCACUUCCCCCAUGUAUCAAGAAGCAGGGCAGAAGCAGGCAACUGGGCAUCAGCUUGGAAAUAUGUAAAGCUUGGGGAUAAGAACUCCUAGUUCAGAUCCCAGAAAGCUUCUCUCCUUUU